AUGUUAUAUUACUAUGGCAUUAAAAUUUUACGGAAUGUAGGUGAAAAGUAGUGAGUCUGACAUAAUUUAUGACACUACAGGAAUACGAAAUGGGUUAAAGGUUGAAUUGUUUAAAAAGUGACAUUAGUAGUUGCAUUAUAGACUAUUCACAAAAAAUAUGACAAAAGGGGAUGUUAUGAAUAUUAAAGAUAAAGGUAAUGGCGUAAAACAUUUUUUUUUAAUUUAAAAAAAUGUAACAUAUUAAAGCUUAGUGGAAAAUAAAAAUUUAAAACUGUUCUUUUAUUUUUUCCAAAAAUUUGCGAUAGAGACAUAAAAAGUAACAUUUAUUAUAAAUUUUCAAAUUCUAUAACGUUUCAUAAGUCAAAGUAAAAGCCGUCUAAAGCUGUCACUUUUUGAAAUAUUUUUAUAAAAUAUUAUAGUAAAGACAACAUAACGAGGGCUGAGGGCUACAAAUAUAUUAAAAACACGAAUCAUAUAACAAUCUUUUUAGGUAAAAUGUGGUCUUAACAGUGUGUCAACCAAUGUGGAUCAACGAUCAUCAUGGCUGGUUGCUACACAAUCUCGAUUAGAUCUAAGAGCUCUAGCUCAACCAUCUCUUCAGCCUUGUCAAGAAGGUAAGUCAGGUAUACAAAAGUAAGAUAAGUUACAAUUUUUAGAACAUUAGGUUAGAGCGAUGGUCUUUUUGGUACACUAGAAAAUUAAAGCAAAGAAAAAAUAACAAAUUUUAAGCUUAAUUUUACGAAAAAAUGCAAACUACUAAAGUCUGGCACGGCAAAGUAUAUAAUCAUACGACUGACGUGGAAUAAGUAACACAACAAAGAUGGCAAAAACAAUUAUGACAUCUUUAUAAGGCGUUUUAUGGGUUUGUAAGACGGUUAUCGCUUAUGCAUAAAUAAUUAUUUUAUUUCGAAAAAUUGUACUGGUCUAAUAAGUAUACACUCUAGGGACUGGUUUGAACAUUUCGAAGGUCUAUUAUCAUUUUAGUUUAUUUAAAAUACUCAUUUUUUUAAACUUCAGGAAAAUGUGCAUCUACACACCAAUUCUACGUUAUCGCCAUCAUAUUGGUGGUGCUUUGUGGUGUUACUACGACUGUUUGGCUGAUUGCUUGUUGGAAUCGGCCUAAGGUAAGUUGUUUUGUAAAAUACGAAUGGGUCUUUUUUGGACUUUUAAAGAAUUUUUACAUUAUAGAACCUUACUACAUUUAUAGUUUUGAACUUUGUUUUAGAUAAUGUACAUCAAAACAUGGCUUCAAGGCAAUUCAUACAAAGAACAUGUUGGUCAAAUCGUCUCUAGUAGAAGUUAUGACAGUUCUAAGUCAUCAAUUCUAACUUCGUCCAAGUACAGUAAUGAUACUGAUAUGCCUAAAGCUCUUAAUAUCUCUAGACCGUAGGUUUUUUGAAUUUACUGAAAAAACAGUAAAUUUUAAUUUUGAAAAUAUUAUUUUAGGUUAUCUUCAUCAGUUGGUCAAUCCCUAGACGCACCAAACUUGGACGACUUAAUAAAAGAACACUCUGAAUUCAAGAAACGAUUAGAUCUUGACCAAAUAUCUGCUGAAACUCUAAAACGAAGACCAGUGGUACCAUUAGCAUCAGAAGCUAUACUCAAAGUUCAGCCUUAUCAAGAAGGUAUGCCUACUCUAAUGCUUCAACAUUGGCCGUUGAGUACACCGCAAUACCGCUCAUUUGCCGAGCCAAAGUCUUUUGAAAAUGAAAUUUUGUCAAAGAUGAAACCCUUUGAUGUCGUUGCUUUUCCAUCUCUGGACGAUCUGCCAGACCCUCCACAUAUUACAGUAUCUGAGAUUAAGGAACUUAACAAAGCCUUGAAUACGCCGUAUGUUACGACUGCUAAUAAUGUAAUUGGGUGGAAUGAUGUUGUGGUAAAACCAUUGCAAAGGACAGUCACUAUGAACAGUGGAAAUACGAUCAUGAGCGACAUUACUACUAAGACGGUGGAUCCGAUUAACAGAAGGUUGAGUAUUGCUAGUACUGUCGACUUUAGGCCGCCUAAUUUUUUGAAAAAGAUUAUUGGUAUGUUUUUUUUAAUUUAGGUAUUAAAUUUUUUAUUUUUUUUAAAUCUAGGCAAAAUUUUUAUUUUUUUUAAACUGUGGUAUCACAACUUAUUUUUUUUGAAAAGUAGGUAUAUAUUAAAGUACGAAAUUUUUUCAAUUUUAGGUACAUGCCUAUAGGAUUUUUAAAAAUUAUUGAUUUUUCAGGCAUUCCCAAGCCUUUAGACCAGAUAUCAUUCAUGCCUGAUCCAAUGGCAACUUCUCCUUCAUCCUCAUCAGAUUCAUCUCUUGACAUUACUGCCUCUGGCGACAAAAAGUUGUAUACGAUCUUACAAGAUCUGCGACAAACUGCAGCUCAAAAAGAAGCCGAAUUGGCCAAAAGUGCGGCCGAAAAUGACUCAAGAUGGCUGAAAUUACUUUAUAAUAACUAA